AUGAAGCUCACUCAACUCUAUCUCGCCGCGAUCGCCACUACUGGCCUCGUUGGUGCCCUCCCAACCCUCACUAGCCGCGAUGAUUUGAUCGCCCGUGACGGCGGCAACCCAGGAGGCAACCAAGGAGGCAACAAAGGCGGCUACGGCGGCGGUUACGGCGGCGGCUAUGGUGGCGGCGGCUACGGAGGCAACCAAGGUGGCAACAAAGGCGGCAACCAAGGUGGCAACUACGGAGGCGGCCAAGGAGGUGGCAACUACGGAGGCGGCCAAGGAGGCGGCCAAGGAGGCGGCCAAGGAGGCGGUCAAGGUGGUGGUCAAGGCGGCGGUCAAGGCGGCGGCCAAGGCGGAAACCAGGGAGGUAAGGGCGGAAACCAGGGCGGAAACCAAGGUGGCAACUACGGAGGCGGUCAAGGAGGUGGACAGGGCGGUGGACAGGGCGGUGGUCAAGGCGGUGGUCAAGGAGGUGGACAGGGCGGUGGACAGGGCGGUGGUCAAGGCGGUGGUCAAGGUGGAAACCAGGGAGGUAAAGGCGGAAACCAGGGCGGAAACCAGGGCGGCAACCAGGGCGGCAACCAAGGCGGAAACCAAGGUGGAAAUCAAGGAGGGAACAAGGGCGGUAACCAAGGAGGCAACUACGGAGGGGGGAACCAAGGUGGCUACGGAGGUGGGAACCAAGGCGGCUACGGAGGUGGGAACCAAGGCGGCUAUGGAGGCGGCAACCAGGGCGGCUAUGGAGGCGGCAACCAGGGCGGCUAUGGUGGCGGCAACCAGGGCGGCUAUGGUGGCGGCAACCAGGGCGGCAACCAGGGAGGUAAUCAGGGAGGUAAAGGCGGCAACCAAGGCGGCAACCAAGGUGGAAACCAAGGUGGAAACCAAGGCGGCAACCAGGGUGGCAAGGGCGGCAACCAAGGAGGGAAUCAGGGUGGUAAUCAAGGCGGCAACCAAGGAGGCAACAAGAACAACUAG